AUGGUUUCGUUCUCUUGUGAAGUCUGCAACGACACUGUCAUUAAGAAGAAGUUGGAUCAGCAUCGCUCCAGAUGCCCAGAUGCAUACUUUACUUGCAUAGACUGUUCCACCACCUUCAACGGUACUGAGUACCGUACGCAUACUCAGUGCAUCUCCGAGGCAGAGAAGUACGAGAAGGGCUUGUACAAGGGCAAGAAGAACAGCAACCCCAAGCCGGUUCAAAAGGAGGAGCCAAAGCCUGCAAAGGCCAAGCCCGAGCCAAAACCUACUAAGGAGUCCAAGGAAUCCAAGUCGAAGGUCAAGAAGCCCAAGAAGAGCCUGAAGAAACCUCUUGAUUUGACCAAGUACAGCAAAGGCUCGUUGUACGACGCGAUCAAGGGUCUCAGCAAGGACACAAAGGAAGACAAGAAGGACGUCAUGAAAAGAUUGCAAUUAAGCUUGGUCGAUGGAAAGUUUGUCCUCAGCGACAGCUAG